GGACCGGGACCGUGACCCGGGACCGGCCGCAGCCCCGGCGCCCUCUCAGCCCUUGCAGGACCUGACCGGCAAUGGCGGGGUGCGCAAGGAGCAGCUGCGCCCCGGCACCGGGCAGCUCGUGCCGCCGUCCGCCUCCGUGGCAGUGAAGUACUCUGGGUACCUGGGAAACUGGAAUAACCCCUUCUGUUCCUAUGGGCACGGCAAGUAUCCAAAGCUGAUGAAACUUGGAAGAGACAUCACGCUGUGGGGGCUGGAGCUGGGGCUGAUGUCCAUGGCCCGGGGCGAGGUGGCGCGGUUCUGGUUCAGCCCCAAGUACGCGUACGGCCCGCGGGGCUGCCCCCCUCACAUCCCCCCGGACACCACCGUGCUCUUCCACGUUGAGCUGCUGGACUUCAUCGACUCGGAGGAGUGCGACGUGUUCUUCGAGCUGAGUGACGCACAGAAGGACACGUUUCCUCUAGAGAAGGUGUUGAAAGUGGCAGCCACGGAGAAAGAGUUUGGCAACUACUUCUUCCAUAAGCAGAACUUUGGGGUUGCCAAGCACAGAUACAAAAGGGCUCUCUCCAUCCUGGAUCGCAGCUGUUCCAGCGAGGCCGAGCGGAGCCAGAUCAACACUUCCAAGGUGCCUCUGCUCCUGAACCUCUCCCUCACUUACCUGAAACUGGAAUGUCCUGAGCGAGCUUUGAAAUACGGGAAGAAAGCCUUGGAGGUGGACCAGGGAAAUGUCAAAGCCCUGUUCAGGUGUGGCCAGGCUUGUCUCUGCAUGAAGGAAUACAGCAAAUCCCGGGAUUUCCUGACUAGAGCCCAGCAAAUCCAGCCCUUCAACCGUGACAUCAACAACGAGCUGAAGAAGUGGGCAAGGUGCUACGAGGAGUACGUGGAAACGGAGAAGGACAUGUGCUGCAGAAUGUUUGACAGCUCUUGUGGCUGAGCAGGAAUCAAGGACCUUUCCAGCUGCCCAGCCCUUGGACAGGAGGGAGGCCCACCUGGGGGCACGUGGAGAUUCCAGCAUCACGUUUUGGGAGAAGGAGCAGGAGCACUGUCUGCUUUGAGAGAUGAAGUGAAAGUUCCGAUUUUUGUACACAAACUGAUUUUCAUGAAGUUGGGUUUGUUUGCUGUGUUUUGAGACAUUUUCCAGAAGAAUUAAGCCCUGCUGUCAGAGAGAGGAAAGUGUUCCUUCUCUCUGCCCUGACAUCCUACCUCCUGCAGGUUCCAGGCUGCUUUUAGGGAAUCAGUAGGUGGGAGGAGGAUGCCGUGAAGUUUUGUAUUUGCACAGGCUGUUCUUUAAAAACUUACGUUUGAUAUUUUUGUUCUGAGAAAAUAAACCAAC